GGGUGGCGGCCGGCAUGAAUCAACGUCUGGAUUUUGUUUGGCCGGAGAAAUGUCGAGGAUCCGAGCAGGCCGAUGUUGACGGGUGAACCAUCUGGCCCCUUUUGCUUUUAACCUGUCUCAUGGCUCUCUUUCCUCUUUUGCAGACUCUGAUGGAAAGGAUGCCUGAAGCCCAAAAACAACACGGGGAGCCACUUUGCAAGCAGUGCGAUUCCACAAUCCAGCCAAACGUUUACGCACGAGCCAACUCUAAUGUCUCUCAGAGCAAAUGUGUGAACGGGAUCUGGGCGAAUUUAAGCCUCCUUUGGAACAUUCAGUCUGAAGUGGGCGACUUCCAACUGGAUAAGGAACGUAUUUCGCUCAUCAUCCCCAAAGAUGGGAGAUAUUUUGUGUACUCUCAAGUGACCUUUUCCUGUUUUCGGUGCAAUUGCGAAGAAGACCGUUGCUGCAGGAUGAAAUCUAAAACAGUGUGGCUGAAGAUGCAGUACAAAACUCCAGCGUAUGAGAACUCUGCAUGGACAGACUUUCUCAUAUCUACCAGUCGCAUGGAGAACAACUCGAUUAACAGCGUUUAUGUGGGAGGUAUCAAGUUACUCGAGAAAGGUGACAGGGUUAUGGUGACUGUUUCCCAUCCUGGAUUGGUAGAGCCAGAUCAGUAUUACACCUUUUUUGGCGCGUAUUUCAUUAGCUAAAGUUAGGAAUCCCUCAACCGCGUAGCAUGAGCGACAGGGUUGGGUUGGAGUCGUGGGAGGGUUGGGCUAAACUGGGCACUGUUGAAAACAAAGGGGAAAAAUUGAAAGGAAUCUCAGGGCUAAUACGACUUCCCCCAUACGUUCCCCGUCCCGUCGGAAAUCCUCCUCGCUUCCACCCGCGAAGGAGAGCCGGAGAAAGUCAGGAGGUCCAACUGGGUAGUUCUCAACUUACAGCCGUGCGUUUAGCCGAAGGUUCAAAGCUAAAAGGGGCAGGGAAGAAAAGGGUCUCGUGAGUCCAUCAUUUUUUACACUUUGCAACUGUUGCGUCAUCCCCACGCCCGUGCGGUCGGAAUUCAGGCUCUUGACCACGGAUGCGUGUUUAUGACAGUUGUGGUGUCCCCCGGACUCGUGUGAUCUCCUUUUGGUUGACUUGGCCUUCUGUCCUUCUGAGGUCGGUAAAACGAGGACCCGGAUUGUUGGGGGGGAGGG